AUGACGAUUCGACUGCUGUUAACGGCCAAGGAGUCUCAUCUUACUGUUUGUCCCCUGCUUGAGGCCCUGAAGCUAAUCGGCAACCUUAAGGUAGAAAAACUGGACGCGGACUCAUUCUUCGCAGAGUCCCCUCUUCACUUAUGGUAUUCAAGAAGCUCCUGGAACGCAAGCCGUUACAAAAUCUCGCACCUGAGCGACGCCAUCCGCUUCUUGCUUGUGUGGAAGUACGGUGGCAUCUAUUGUGACCUGGACAUCGUGGUAAAAAGACGGUUAGGUCAUCUUCGCAACAGUGUGGGCGAAGAAGAGCCAGGAGCUCCAGUGUGUGGCGUUCUUAUCUUCGACAAGAGACACCCUUUCAUCAAGACUUGCAUCGAAGAGUUCAGCAAGGGUUACGACCCCAAGAAAUGGGCUCAGAACGGUCCAGGUGUGAUCAAGAGGGCCCUGUCUAACUACACCUGCAACCGACAGCUCUCCGGAAUCUUGGACUGCACUGACGGAACAGGGACGCGUGUUGCAGUUCAUACGGAGGAAGCGUUCUACGCCGUGCCUUACCAAAAGUGGCGCCUGUUUUUUGAGCGUAAAUACGUCGACAUCGUGCGAAGGGCCACGAAGAAGAGCUACCUGGUGCACAUCUGGAACGCGCUGAGUCAUCAAAAAGAUGCUCGUGUCGGAUCUGGAUCUGUGUACGACCUCGAGGCCCACAACUGUCCUCGAACUUACGCACUGGCGCGAGCACUCGGGGGUCGUUUUUGA